CUUCCCGGCGCGGGCAGGCGGUGCGCGGCGGCCAAGCGGGCGAUGAAGAAGAAGCAGCAGCAGCAUCCCGGCGGCGGCGGCGGCGCGGAUGCCUGGUCCCACGGGGCCCCUCUGGGGGGCGCCCCUCCGGGUCCGGGCAGCUGGAAGCGCCGGCUCCCACUGCUGCCUCUCCUGCGCUUCUCCCUCCGGGACUACGGUUUCUGCAUGGCCACCCUGCUGCUCUUCUGCUUGGGUUCUCUCUUCUAUCAGUUCAGCGGCGGACCCCCGCGCUUCCUGCUCGACCUGCGGCAGUAUUUGGGAAAUUCCACUUACUUGGAUGACCACGGGCCACCUCCUAGUAAGGUACUACCUUUCCCGAGCCAGGUGGUCUACAACAGAGUGGGCAAGUGUGGGAGUCGGACUGUGGUCUUGCUUCUGAGAAUCUUAUCAGAGAAGCAUGGAUUCAAUUUGGUCACUUCAGACAUUCACAACAAAACCAGGCUCACUAAAAAUGAACAAAUGGAACUGAUUAAAAAUAUAAGUACUGCCGAACAGCCCUAUUUAUUCACUCGACAUGUUCAUUUCCUCAACUUCUCAAGGUUUGGAGGAGACCAGCCUGUCUACAUUAACAUCAUUAGAGACCCUGUCAACCGGUUUUUAUCCAACUAUUUUUUCCGUCGAUUUGGAGACUGGAGAGGAGAACAAAAUCACAUGAUCCGCACCCCCAGCAUGAGGCAGGAGGAGCGCUACUUGGAUAUCAGUGAGUGUAUUCUUGAGAACUACCCCGAGUGUUCCAACCCCAGGUUAUUUUACAUCAUCCCGUACUUUUGUGGACAGCAUCCCAGAUGCAGGGAGCCUGGUGAGUGGGCCUUGGAAAGAGCGAAAGUGAACGUGAAUGAAAACUUCCUUCUUGUGGGGAUUCUUGAGGAGUUGGAAGAUGUGUUGCUUUUACUGGAGAGAUUUUUACCUCAUUACUUCAAGGGUGUGCUCGGCAUCUACAAAAACCCAGAGCAUAGGAAACUUGGAAACAUGACUGUGACCGUGAAGAAGACUGUCCCCUCGCCUGAGGCCGUGCAGAUCCUCUACCAGCGAAUGCGAUAUGAGUAUGACUUCUACCACUACGUCCGAGAGCAGUUCCACCUGCUGAAACGCAAGUUUGGACUGAAGUCUCAUGUCAGCAAGCCCCCUCUGAGACCACAUUUCUUUAUCCCAACUCCACUGGAAACUGAGGAGCCCAUUGAUGAUGAGGAGCAAGAUGAUGACAAGUGGUUAGAAGAUAUUUAUAAGAGGUGAUGCAACACUGUGGAAUUGCCUACCAUGGCUUCAUCUCCCUUUCCAGAAAGUUUGUUUGUUUGUUUGUUUGGAGGGAGAAAAAAGAACCUUUAAGGGACUAUAUUAAUGCUUGGCUGCAUUAAAAAGAACAAAACAUUCCCACAUGUUGGGGUCAUUGGGAGAUGCCCGGUUUUGCGGGUUUUAUUUGUUUAAUUUUAUUCUAUGUUUUUCUUGGCUCCUUGGGUCCUUCCCAGGGAUACUCAACGGUUCCAUCACAAGAACAUCUCAUCAUAAAAUUGCUUUUCCUCCCCUAGUAUAAUGGGAGGAAGCGGGAG